AUGUCUAUAUGCAAUUGUAAUUGCAAUUUGCAGAAAAGAUAUAAUAGUGCGAAGGCAGAUUGUACAAAAGCAUUAGAAUUGAAUCCAAAAUACACGAAAGCUCUACUACGUCGGGCAUUUAUUUUGGAGCAACUAGGAGAUUUGGAAACAGCUUUGAAGGAUAUCACUACUGCCUGCAUUCACGAAAACUUUUCUAAUCAUGCUUUCCUUUUAAAGGCACAAAUAAUCUUGGCAAAGCUUGUGAAACAGCACUUUUCGAACAUAACAAGCAAAAUAUUUAUGCAAACCACGCAUGUUAUCGAAAUAUAUUAUAUUAGAGCUUUCUCUAAAGAUCCAGUACUUUUUAGACUUGAACAUCCAGAAAACAUUCCAGAAUUUUUCAAGAAACCAUUACAAGCGUUAAAAGAUAGGGAGUAUCAUAAUAUAAUAUCGCUGUGUUCAGAAAUUAUUGAAAGUCCCAAAUUUGAUACAUUACCUCCCUCUAAAUUAGAGGUGCUGUUAUUACGGGCUACAUUUUACUUCAUUUGGCGCUAUUACAAUGCUGCAAUCCACGAUCUUGAAGUUAUUUUGUCUAGCGAAGAUGUAUGUGAUGACAUAAGGAUAAAUGCCUUGAUUAAAAGAGCAAAUGUAUACCUGAAAAUUGGGAAAAUGUGUACUCUAGAAAUGGCUUUCAAGGACUUUGAAUUAGCCCUUAUCAUAAAUCCAAGUUGCAGCGAUAUCUACUAUCAUAGAGGAUUGGCACAUAAGAAAAUGCAACAACUAGGCAAAGCUAAGCGCGAUUUUGAAAAAGCCGUUGAAUAUAACCCAAACUUCAACAUGGCACACAUGCAAAAAUGGCACACAAAUUAUCGUUUUGCAUUGUUGAAUGGAAAUAUAUGUUUAUUCAAAAUUACUAUGAGAGACAUUGAGAAAGCUAUAGAUAAAUACUCAAAUUCUUUUGAAUGUGCAUGUUGUUAUGUUUUAUAUGCUCAGAUAAUGUUCGAAACUCAACAGUAUCAAAAAGCUGAUACUUAUUUUGUUAAAGCAGUAGAAAAAGAUCCGGAUUACGCUAUUGUUUAUCUGCAUUUGUGGAACUGUAAUCUUAUUAACAUCGAGAAAUAUUUGAACGAAGCAUUAAAAUUGGAUACAGGCUCUGUUACAGGGAAGAUUACGUGUAUUGAAAUAUUAAAAUUGAUUGAAAUAGAACAGGGAAACAUAGAGGAAGCAUUAAAUUUAUCUGAUAAGGCUUUUGCAUUCUGUCAUACAUUCGAGGAACUGCUAUACGUGUACAGUACAUAUACAGUUGACUUUACAUACAAUUUUGUAAAGAAUCGAUUUGCACUUAUCAUUCGUUUCCUACGGUCAUACUCUCGAUUAAUCGGUAUACAAAAUGCGGGGGAAUCCGAUAAACAUAUCCCAAUUGACAGCGAUGAGCCAUCCGAAGUGCUUUCUCCUACAGCCGAGUCAGAAACUCCUUUACAAAGAGCGCAAAAAUAUAAGAACGAAGGAAAUAUAUAUUUCAAAACUAAAAAAUAUAAUGAAGCCAUUGUUCAAUAUACUAAAGCAAUCGACAUUUGUCCCAAAGAAAAUAAGGAUGAACUGGCGACAUUUUAUCAAAAUAGAGCGGCUGCAUAUGAGCAAUUGAAAAAAUAUAGUUCCGUGAAGACAGAUUGUACAAAAGCGUUAGAACUAAAUCCAAAAUAUAUUAAAGCUUUGCUACGUCGAGCACGUAUAUUGGAGCAAACGGGAGAUUUGGAAGCAGCCUUGAAAGAUAUGACUACUGCCUGUAUUCACAAAAACUUUUCCGAUCAAGCUUCUCUUUUAAAGGCAGAAAUAAUCUUAGAAAAGCUUGUGGACCAAGUUCAGGAAAACAUGUCACAUGAAAACUUUUUUAUGCUAACUACGCAUGCCAUCGAAAUAUAUUAUAUUAGAGCUUUCUCUAAAGAUCCAGUACUUUCUAGACUUGAACAUCCAGAAAACAUUCCAGAAUUUUUCAAGAAACCAUUACAAGCGUUAAAAAACAAGGAGUAUCAUAAUAUAAUACCGCUGUGCACAGAAAUCAUUGAAAACCCUGAAUUUGAUAAAUUACCUUCCUCCAAACUAGAGGUGGUGUUAUUACGAGCUACAUUCAACUUACUUCGGAGCAAUUAUGAUGCUGCGAUUGAUGAUUUUGAAAUUAUUUUAUCUAGCGAAGAUGCAUUUGAUGAUAUAAGGGUAAACGCCUUGAUAAAAAGAGCAAAUCUACAUAGAGAAAUCGGGUUUUCAUAUUUGGUUUUUAAGGACUUUAACUUAGCCAUUAUGAUAAAUCCAAGUUGUAGCGAUAUCUAUUAUCAUAGAGGACAGGCGUAUUUGGGCAUUCAAAUGCUAGACAAAGCUAAACGCGAUUUUGAAAAGGCCGUAGAAUUGAAUCCAAAUUUCAGCGCAGCACAUAUGCAGAAAUGGUAUGUAAAUUAUCAUUUUGCAGUAUUGAACGGAGAUUUAAAUUUAGCCGAAAUGACUGUAAGAGAUGUUGAAAAAGCUUUCGAUAUCGAAAGGUACUCGAAUCCUCCUGAAUGCAUAUGUUGUUAUGUUUUGUAUGCUCAGAUAAUGUCUAAAACUGAACAGUAUCAAAAGGCUGAUACUUAUUUUGUUAAAGCAAUAGAGAAAGAUCCAGAUUAUGCUAUUGUUUAUCUGCUAUUGUGGAACUGUAAUCUUGAUAACACUGUGGAAUACUUGAACAAAGUAUUAAAAUUGGAGACAUGCUCUAAUGGCGGCAAGCUUAGAUGUAUUGAAAUGUUAAGAAUAAUCGAAAUUCGACGAGGAAACAUAGAGGAAGCAAUAAAAUUAUCUGAUAAGGCUUUAGUAUUUUGUCGCAUAUUUAAAGAACUGUUAUACAUAUACAGUGUAGAUGCUAUAAAGACAUAUCUUAAUAUACAAAAUCAAUUUGGACAUGUUAUCCAUUUUCUUCAAUCAUAUUCUCAAUUCAUUGAUGUACAAAAUGCAGAAGAAUCCGACAAACCAAUCAACAUUUGUCCUAAGGAGAAUAAGGAACUCGCGAUUUUUUAUCAAAAUAGAGCAGCUGCGUAUGAGCAAUUGAAAAAAUAUAGUUCCGUGAAGGCAGAUUGUACAAAAGCGUUGGAACUAAAUCCAAAAUAUAUUAAAGCUUUGCUACGUCGGGCACGUGUAUUGGAGCAAAUGGGGGAUUUGGAAGCAGCCUUGAAAGAUAUGACUACCGCGUGUAUUUACGAAGAGUUCUCUAAUCCUAUUUCCCCUGUUAAGAUAGAAAUAAUCUUGAAAAAACUUGUGAAACAACAUGCUUAUGAAAAUUGGGCAAGCAAAAAGUUAUUUAUGCCAAAUAAGCCUUCCAUCGAAUGUUAUAUUACAUCUUAUUCUACAGAUCCAGUGUUUUCUAAACUUCGAUGUCCAGAAAAUAUUCCAGAAUUUUUCAAAAAGCCACUACAAGCGUUAAAAGAUACGAAAUAUGAUGACGUAAUACCGUUGUGUACGGAAAUUAUUGAAAGUCCGGAAUUUAAUUCAUUACCUUCAACUAAACUCGAGGUGUUAUUAUUACGAGCUACAUUUUAUACACUUUUGGGCAAAUACGAGCCUGCAUUCAAAGACUUAGAAUGUAUACUGAACAUCGAAUAUGCACCCGAUGAUGUAAAGAUAAACGCCUUGUUAAAGACAGCGGACAUACAUCUAGAGUUCAUGAAUCUAGACAUGGCCUUCAUGAAUUUCGAAUUAGCCAUUAGUAUAAAUCCGCACUACAGCGAUAUUUACUAUCGCAGAGGACGGGUAUAUAUGCACAUGGGCGAACUGAACAAAGCUAAGUACGAUUUUGAAAAGGCUCUUGAAUAUGAUCCAAACUUUAGCAUGGCAUGCAUACAAAAAUGCUAUACAGAUUAUUGUAUUGCGAUGUUAAAUAAAGAUGUAAGAUUAGUUGAAGCGGCUGUGAGAGCUUUCGAGAAAGUUUUGGAAAAAUAUACAAAUCUUCCUGAAUGUAUAUGUUGUUAUCAAUAUUAUCGUACGAUGAUGUCCGAAACUCAACAGUACCAAAAAGCUCAUAAUUAUUUUAUUAAAAUAAUAAAGAAACAUUCGGAUGACACAUCUAUGUCUUUGGUUUAUCUGCAGAGGGCCUUUUUGCAAUUUGAUUGGAACGAUUAUUCUGAUAAAGCUGUGGAAUAUCUUAAAAAAGCGAUAGAAUUGGAUGAAAAGUGCAGGUCUGCAUAUGAAGCGUUAGGAUUCGUCGAAAUAAAAAGGGGUAACAUAGAGGAAGCAAUAAGAUUGUUUGACAAAGCUUUAGUAUACUGUCGUACAUUUAAGGAACUGCUAAACUUAUACUACUUGAGAGACGCAGCAAAAGUAGAACUUAACGUCAAGAAUCAAUUCAAGGAUAAAUGUUUCGAUUUUUUGGAUCGUUAUCUUGGUUCACGAAUAUUCGUGUUGCGAAGUAUGAAAGAAUCUGUCAAGGGUUUAAUUACGAUUGUAUGUUAA